AUUUAGUGAACUUACUAAAUUUGUUAUUGCUAAAGCAUUUCAAGACUUACUCCAAAUUUUACAACAGUUGUAUUCUCCUAAACUUUAAAUAUCUGGGGUUUUUUUUUGGCAGAGAUUCUGAAUUUUUCCUCAAUUUAUAAGUUAGUGUAUUAUAUACUUUAGAAGGCUUGCCAUCUGAAAUGGAUAAAUAUUGCAUACACUGGAUAUUGAAGUAAAGUACUAUCUGAUUUGAGGAAGCAAUAUGAAUUAAUGUGUAUAUAGGUAUAAAAUAAGACAAUCUAGCAGUCAGUUCAUUUUGAUGUAAAUAUGGUAAAAUUUGAUAAAUCAGAUUUAUCAAAAAGUCCUUUUUUUCUUUCCUUAAGUUUCUGUAUUAGUAGCAAGUGCUUUGUAAUUAGUAUUGUAUAAUGUGAUAGUAAUUAAACUUAUUAAUGAUCUUUGUAAAACUUUAACUUGUGUUUUGUUUGAAUUUCAGGUAAUAACCCUUUCCAAAUACUUUGUAUUUUGUUUAGUAUGCCACUUUUUGGAAGUGGUCACUGUCAAUAUCUUGUUAUGGUUUGAUGGCCUUGGAGAUUUAAAACCGAGUAAAAGUGCACAGGAACGUUAAAGAUAGAUUUUGUUGGAGAGCUGAAUGACAAAAUGAAAGGUUUCUAUAGAAGUAAAUACACCACCCCUUCUGGAGAGGUCCGUUAUGCUGCUGUCACACAGUUUGAGGCUACGGAUGCCCGAAGGGCUUUUCCUUGCUGGGAUGAGCCUGCCAUCAAAGCAACAUUUGAUAUCUCAUUGGUUGUUCCUAAAGACAGAGUAGCUCUAUCAAACAUGAAUGUAAUUGACCGGAAACCAUACCCUGAUGAUGAAAAUUUAGUGGAAGUGAAGUUUGCCCGCACACCUGUUAUGUCUACAUAUCUGGUGGCAUUUGUUGUGGGUGAAUAUGACUUUGUAGAAACAAGGUCAAAAGAUGGUGUGUGUGUCCGUGUUUACACCCCUGUUGGCAAAGCAGAGCAAGGAAAAUUUGCGUUAGAGGUUGCUGCUAAAACUUUGCCUUUUUAUAAGGAUUACUUCAAUGUUCCUUACCCACUACCUAAAAUUGAUCUCAUUGCUAUUGCUGAUUUUGCAGCUGGUGCCAUGGAAAACUGGGGCCUUGUUACUUACAGAGAGACUGCAUUGCUUAUUGAUCCAAAAAACUCGUGUUCUUCAUCACGCCAGUGGGUUGCUCUGGUGGUGGGACAUGAACUCGCCCAUCAAUGGUUUGGAAAUCUUGUUACUAUGGAAUGGUGGACUCAUCUUUGGUUAAAUGAAGGCUUCGCAUCCUGGAUUGAGUAUCUGUGUGUAGAUCACUGCUUCCCUGAGUAUGAUAUCUGGACUCAGUUUGUUUCUGCAGAUUAUACCCGGGCCCAGGAACUGGAUGCUUUAGAUAACAGCCAUCCUAUUGAAGUCAGUGUUGGCCAUCCGUCUGAGGUUGAUGAGAUAUUUGAUGCGAUAUCAUAUAGUAAAGGUGCAUCUGUCAUUCGAAUGCUACAUGAUUAUAUUGGAGAUAAGGACUUUAAGAAAGGAAUGAACAUGUAUUUAACCAAGUUCCAACAAAAGAAUGCUGCCACAGAGGAUCUCUGGGAAAGUUUAGAAAAUGCCAGCGGUAAGCCUAUAGCGGCUGUAAUGAGUACCUGGACCAAACAGAUGGGCUUCCCUCUCAUUUAUGUGGAAGCUGAACAGGUAGAAGAUGACAGAUUACUGAGGUUGUCUCAAAAAAAAUUCUGUGCCAGUGGACCAUAUGUUGGAGAAGAUUGUCCCCAGUGGAUGGUUCCUAUUACAAUUUCUACUAGCGAAGAUCCCAACCAGGCCAAACUAAAAAUUCUAAUGGACAAGCCAGAAAUGAGUGUGGUUUUGAAAAAUGUAAAGCCUGAGCAGUGGGUGAAGUUAAACCUGGGAACAGUUGGGUUUUAUCGGACCCAGUACAGCUCUGCUAUGCUGGAAAGUUUAUUACCAGGCAUUCGUGACCUUUCUCUGCCCCCUGUGGAUCGACUUGGAUUGCAAAAUGACCUCUUCUCCUUGGCUCGAGCUGGAAUCAUUAGCACUGUAGAGGUUCUAAAAGUCAUGGAGGCUUUUGUGAAUGAGCCCAAUUAUACUGUAUGGAGCGACCUGAGCUGUAACCUGGGGAUUCUCUCAACUCUCUUGUCCCACACAGACUUCUAUGAGGAAAUCCAGGAGUUUGUGAAAGAUGUCUUUUCACCUAUAGGGGAGCGACUGGGCUGGGACCCCAAACCUGGAGAAGGUCAUCUGGAUGCACUCCUGCGGGGGUUGGUUCUGGGCAAACUAGGAAAAGCAGGACAUAAGGCAACACUGGAAGAAGCCCGUCGUCGGUUUAAGGACCAUGUCGAGGGAAAACAGAUUCUCUCCGCUGAUCUGCGGAGUCCUGUUUAUCUGACUGUUUUGAAGCAUGGUGAUGGCACUACCUUAGAUAUUAUGCUAAAGCUUCAUAAGCAAGCAGAUAUGCAAGAAGAGAAAAACCGAAUUGAAAGAGUUCUUGGGGCUACUCUUUUGCCUGAUCUGAUUCAAAAAGUCCUCACAUUUGCACUUUCAGAAGAGGUACGUCCACAGGACACAGUCUCGGUGAUUGGUGGAGUAGCUGGAGGCAGCAAGCAUGGAAGGAAAGCUGCUUGGAAGUUCAUCAAGGACAACUGGGAAGAACUUUAUAAUCGAUACCAGGGAGGAUUCUUAAUAUCCAGACUAAUAAAACUAUCAGUUGAGGGAUUCGCAGUUGAUAAAAUGGCUGGAGAGGUUAAGGCUUUCUUUGAGAGCCACCCGGCUCCUUCGGCCGAGCGCACCAUCCAGCAGUGCUGUGAGAACAUCCUGCUGAAUGCUGCUUGGCUCAAGCGAGACGCCGAGAGCAUCCACCAGUACCUCGUUCAGCGGAAGGCUUCGCCGCCCGCAGUGUGAGCCCCGAGCCUGUCUCGUCCCCACCACGCCUCUGCUGCACGCUGCAGGGGGAGCGACCCGACAGCUGGAUCACAUGCCAAGAAUUCGGAGUCUUCUUCCAAACCAGUGGGGGUUGGACAAUGAAUGUAGUUAACUGGUUCCUGCUCACACUCCAGAAUUAAAUUCUAUUGAAAAAGGAAAAUCAGCAAUUCAGCAAAAAAAAUAUAUAUAUAAAAUUUAAAAUGUAAAUAUGAUAGUAAUAAAAUAGAGCAUAACGAAACUGUGAACUUCCUGAAGCCUUGUCAGUGAUGAAAAGUAUUUAACACUCUCCUGUUAAUGGCAGAUGUUGUGUUCUAAGAACCAACCAGGAGGAAAGCUGAGGCUUCUGGCUGAGGAGGACUGUCGCGAGGUGGGUCCCACAUGCGGGCUGCCAGUCAAGGGCAGUGUCCACUGCUGGGGACGGUCAGUGUAAAAGGCCAGCAGCCGGUGUCACAUAGCGGGAGUCUGCGUAACUCUGAGUGGUUUUCUUUUUGGCGUGGGGAACUGAUCAGGAAGAUUUCUUUUCCUGCUUAACUCAAUCUGAACCAAGGAUUGCUGUCUCCUCUUUGCCUUCCCAUCUGUGUGACAUCUCUCCCACCCCCACCCCAGCCAAUUCCUCCAACCACCAAAAAAAAAAAAUUUUUUUUUUUAAAGUUAAACAAAAACCCUAUUCUGCCCGGGUCUGGGUUUUUGCCUCCCCUUACUUCCACUUCCAACCCCCACCCAUGAUGUCCUCCUUUAGAGUUACAGAAAUAAUAAAGAACAUCUCAUAGCCACAGUCAUAAGAGAAACUGAUAGACAUUAUUUUUUUUUCUUUUUUAAAAUGACUUAAGAACCCUGAAAUACAUGUAGAUGACACAGUAGAGAUAGCUUUCCGGCCAGACUUUUGCGAAGGAGUUGUUUUUUCAGCUCGCAGCGCACCUUGCCAUGGGACAGGCUCACUGGGGAGCUACUUCCGGAAAGCCCCCUGCACGUGCGCAAUGCAGGCCGCUGCUGGGAGCCUCUUUGAGAACGCAGCCACGGAGCCCAUGUGUGCCCCUCUGCUUGCGCAGCGUCCCCUCCAGCGAGCCUCACCCAUCUAAGCCAGCAGGUUUGGACACUCAGUCUCAUGCCCUGCCCCUUUCCCUACAUUUUUCCUUUUAUUUUUCCUUAAAAACAAACAAAAAAAGUUCUGUAUGUUAUUAACAGAAAUUCCUCUUUGGUGUGGCUUGACUGUAUUUCAGAGGGUCAUCAGAUCGUGAGGUUGCUUCCCGGAACCAUUUUUGUGCUGUUGUUUUAAAAAAUAAUAAUUUAAAAAGUUGGCGUUAAUAAAAAUGUCAAUGUGAA